CGUUAAAUGAACGGCCAGCCGUGGGCACAGGUCAUUGGCUUUGGCACGAUUUCAUGGAUUUUCAAUACCUCGCAUCUUGUUCAUGUCUUUCUUUACUUGGGUGGAACAUGCUGCUUCGCCAGACGCCUCGGUUAACUUCUCUCGUCAUCUUCGUCAUUGCCAUCGCAUAGAGAUGGCUUCCUUACAAUCCUUCUGCCUUUGAAGUGACGAAGAUGCUCGAGAGAACUACCUUUGCAACUUGAUGUACUUAAGUGCUUUGCAGCGUUGCCUACUAUUACCGUUUGCCGUCACCGCCGUCGUUGUUGUCGACCGCUACCUCUUCUUGCCACUGCAGGCUAGGACUGAAACAAAUGCUGACUAUUGUGCACAUAGGUACAACGUUUGCUGAUGAAGAGCAAGCUACGCUCGAAGUCGAUGCACUCGUCAAUGAUGACGAGAACGAGCCCAUGCGUCCUCCGCUAGGCACACCACUGGGUGGACAAUUCUUCGAGCAGCCUCGACGGUCAACGCCAUCCAUUCCGCCAGGCUUUACCGCUCCGGCUAUUCCCAGGGCAAUCGCUGAGGAGGCCGUCUCUCGUCCAAUGUCGCGGACCACUUCAUCCACUAUUGUCCCUGCUGUACCUGUGAUACCUGUCGCGCCAGUCAAACCGGAGACACCUGCAAAGACAAAGAAGGGAAAGCAGCCAGUGAAAGUUGUCGAGACGGUCGAUGCCGCGCCAGCCGCAAGCACGAAUGCAGUACCCGCGACACCGACGAAGUCGCCCACCAAAGCUUCCAGUGCCAAAGUACAAGCCGUGACUGAGGCCUCAAGCAAGACAGCGGUGGAUGCAUCGACGAAGAAAUCAGAAUUGAAGGACAAGAAGGCCACCCCCGAAACGCCUGCAAAGACCACAGCGAAGAGCAAGGCAGCCAGUAAGAAGGCUGACAGAGCUGAGAAGCCAGCGACCGCGUCAGAGGAUAGCAGCCAGAAGGUGCCCGCCAAGGAGAGCGCAGACGUUUCGAUUGCUACUGGAAUCCCCAACGCAAACACCAAACGGCAGCACCCUGGCAAGCUUGACAUCCCAACCACUAAGAUGGUCGAUAAGGAGCCAAUGCCUACUGCGGCCGCGCGCAAGGCAGAGCCACAGACGAAGAGCGUGCGCACAAUCCCUCCAACUACAACUCCUUCAGUACCUGCAAGUCCAGCUGUAGCGGCUGCGCCUUCGCCCAUCAAGCACACGGCCGCGCCCCGAACACUGCGACUUGUAUCAACACCAAAGGUUGAGACGCCACCCGCCGUGGCUGCGCCGACACCACCUCUUCCUCAGAUUCCUACGAUGGACAAGCUGAGGUCGAGACAGGCGAGUAUUGCUUCUUUGAAUCAGCCUGGCACGCCAGCCAGCGAGUUGAUCUCCGAUACAGCCUCCAUGACAUCAGGCAUGAUCUCAAGAGCUAACUCUCCACCUCCUAACAGCAUUGUCGGCUCCGCGCCAGUCAGGAAAAUCACCAAAGCGCAAGCUAAGAAGAAUAGACAAGAGCGUAAGCGACAGGAGGAAGAGAAGGAGGUGGCAGAGAAUGGGUCUGAUGUCGAGGUGGUGCAGGCACCUAUCAUUGGCCGCAAGAAGAAAGCCAAGAAGCCAUCCAUAACUCCCAAGCCAGUCGCUGCUAUGACCGCUGCUGCGAAGAGCCAACCUGCGUCACCAAAGAGUGUGAUCGUGGAAGACGAGCCAGUGGAGACACCUAGUGUCGUCUCUGUCAAGGUACAGUCUGCGCGCAAUUCUGCAAGCGCAACUCCAGAGCCAGAGACCCACCCCGAAGAGGCGAGGGACAGGCGCGAGCCAAGUGCACAGUCAGUUCUCAGUGGCCUCCAGAAGACCGGCGACAUCCUCGUAUCAGCUCUCGAGUUCUUCAAGCCGCUCUCAUCAACCCUAACGCACGGUUCGAGAACCACGCAAUCCGGCCACCCAACGUCUCCCCCUGACCUCAAAAUUCACUUCUCAGAAGCCGACCUCGACGCCCUCGCAAAGAAGAAGCCUGUGCGUCUCAAUGGACCUCAGGACAAACCCGACUCCCGCACACUCAUCACGCCCAACGGGAAAUUCCUCUGGGGCCUGACCACCGAGCUCGAAGAGAAAGCCCUUUCACUCGAGGCUCAGAUAGAGCAACUGACCGGCUACCUGCGCUAUCACCCGUCCUCGCGCACCAGCCAGCAUUAUAACGGCCCCUACAACUCGUCCGACGUGCUCCCCACCAUCGCUACAGCGCUGAAGGAGGCCGGCAAGAAACUCCCCAACUCGCCAACCAGCACUCUCAAAUUCGAUCCCAAUACCUAUUCGCAGCAGUUACCACCUGUCCACCCCAAUGACUUCCCGCAAAACUCGCCCCCCGUGCAACAGCAAACCCCCGCAGACGCCGGCGCAUAUCUCAAUCAAUUCGUACUCCCACGCACAGAUAACCCGCCCCCCAACCACCCACGCCCAGAAAUGGCUGCUGUCGGCGGCGCUCCGGGGUCGGGCACUUCGUCUAUCUCUGUGCAAGCCGGGCGGUUUGAAAAAGCAGCGCGCGCGGUGGUCGAAGGCGGGGCCGUUGGGUCUACAGAACUCGACGGCUUAGCAAGUAUGGUGGGCGAUAAAUCCGGCGGCGUAUUCGUGCGCGGGCUCGAAGGCCUAGUCGGCGCCGGGCUAGGUAUGAAUACACUGGACCAUGCGGAUGCGAAUGUGAGGAGGAUGUUGGAAGAGUUGAAGAAGGUGGAGCAUUGGCCGGAGGGAUUGGUGAAGGGAGGGAGCGUUGGUGGUUCGGCGGGUGGGAGACAGAUCGAGAGAAGCUGUUUGUUGAGUCUGGAAGAGGCGGAGGCUGCGAUGGUUAGUGCGAGGCGGGAGCAAGAGGUGUUGGAGAGGAAGUUGGGGGCGCUUGUGAAGAGGAAUCGGAAGUUGGCGAUGGGGAAUGGGAGAUGAGGAGGGUGAGGUGUGAGAUGAGAAGUUAUUGAUACCCAGAGUAGAGUAGGG